UCUUCAUGAAAGUUUAUACAUUUCUGGAGCCGCACUCACACAGGCGCGCACUCAAACGCACCACCCGGCUCCCCUCGCUCUUUGUCACCACUGGAUUCAAACUCAUUCAUUUGUGUGCAGCGCUAGCAGCAGCAACACAACAGAUAUUUUAUAUUCUCGACAAGCUUUUAAUUCCUCCAUACUCGUCUGUGACUGAGAAAUGAAUCAUAAAGCCAUUUUAUUGUGGAUUUUUCUACUUUGUGCUUCUGCGCUCUUCUCGUCCGCUAUUGGAGAAAACGCCGUUCUUAAAGAUGAAGACAGUGGAUUAGAUGAACUGCCAGCAGACCUCGGCGGUAAGGUCAAGUACAACAUGAGAAAGAGUUUAGAUCUGGAACAGGAGGGCUGCUACCUGCAGACAGGCAAGAAGGAGUGUCUGGAGGAGUGUGGCUUCAACGCUACAGCCAAGACUAUCUUCAUAAUCCACGGCUGGACGAUGAGCGGGAUGUUUGAAAGCUGGAUGCAGAAACUGGUGUCUGCAGUGAUGCAGCGUGAAAACGGAGCCAACGUCGUGGUGGUUGACUGGAUACCCAUGGCUCAGCAGCUGUACCCCGAUGCAGUAAACCACACCCGCAGCGUCGGCUUCCACAUCGCUGCCAUGCUCAACUGGCUUCAGACUGAGCAGCAGCUGCCUCUGGAGAAUGUGCACCUGAUCGGCUACAGUUUAGGCGCCCAUGUCGCCGGCUACGCAGGGAUGUAUGUGGAAGGCACCAUCGGCAGAAUCACCGGUCUGGACCCAGCUGGGCCGAUGUUUGAGGGAGUAGAGAAACACAGGCGUCUCUCCCCGGAUGAUGCAGACUUUGUGGACGUUCUGCACACAUACACUCGAGAGGCUUUGGGCGUGAGCAUCGGAAUCCAGCAGCCGAUCGGCGACAUCGACAUCUACCCCAACGGUGGCGACGUGCAGCCAGGCUGUGCCCUCGGGGACGUGCUGGCGGUGGCAGGAAAUUUCAUGGAGGUGAUGAAGUGUGAACACGAGCGAGCUGUGCACCUGUUUGUGGACUCCCUGAUGAACAAGGACCACAUGAGCUUUGCCUUCCAGUGCACUGGCCCGGACCGCUUCAAGAAGGGGAUCUGCCUCAGCUGCCGCAAAAACCGCUGCAACAACAUCGGCUACAACGCCAGGAAGAUGCGCAAGAGGCGCAACAGCAAAAUGUACCUGAAGACUCGUGCUGACACUCCCUUUGGAGGUUACCACUACCAGAUGAAAAUGCACGUGUUCAACAGAAAGCAAGCCAAUGAUGCAGAUCCCACCUUCAAUGUCAAGUUGUAUGGCGCCCACAAGGAUACAACUUCUAUAUCUGUUGACGUACAUGACGACACAAUCGGCCUGAACCUGACCAACACGUUCUUGGUGUUUACUGAAGAGGACAUUGGUGACCUGCUGAAGAUCCGUCUGAGCUGGGAGGGAGAUUCUGAAUCCUGGAACUCUGUCUGGAAGAACAUCAAAAAGCAGUUUUGGGCGUGGAACACCAAGCCUCCCAAACCUGUACUGGAAGUUAGGCGUAUUCGUGUGAAAGCUGGAGAAACGCAGAAAAAGUUUACUUUCUGUGCCCAAGACCCUUCAAAAACUGAAAUUUCACCAGGGGAUUCGAUAACCUAUGUAAAAUGUCGCGAUGGCUGGGAAGUCAAACCAAGAAAAAGGAUUCCCAUGUAACAACCGAGCACUUUCAACAACCAAUGCAUCGUCACCAUGGGGGACCCAACAUGGAUCCGGGAGAAGCUCCGGCUUCUCUUUACUGAGCACUUUUUACAGGAGGAUUGAUCAGCGCACGGUGGGAAGGGGUUUCAAGCACCGGACUCUGGAAGUUUUUCAUUUCUGGAAAUGAAGACUGCAGUGUCUGUCCAGCUUAAGAGACCACAGCAAAUCGGUGUGCAGUCUAGAAACAGGUGCAGUCCUAAAAGAUUGCCCCGAGGAGUUGCAGAACGUUCCUUUAUGCGGACUAGUGAAGUAGAAUACAGAUCUGUGCCAGUGGACAAACACCAGCAACUGUAGUCACUGUACUGUACAUGUUACAUAUAUUUUUUAUUUAUGAAAAAAAGGAAGCACUGCAAGACCAACGUUUAUUUAUCAGGACACAUCCCACAAUGAAAACACGAGCUGAAUGAAUUUCUUCCAUAUGCAGUAUUUGUGUGUGUAAGUUAAAGUGUGCGUGUUUGUGUCUGUCGUGACCAAGUGUGUGCCUUUCUGCUGAGAGAUUACUGAUGCACUGUAUACCUGAAGGAGGCGCCUCUUCUCGGUGCAAACGAUCUUUCUGAGGUUUUUGUGAGUAGUGUUACUGUAUGUGGCUUAUAUUGGGGAUGUGUCUGUACAUAAUGUAUAUAUUGUGUCUUUUUUUUUUUUUUUUUUGAAAAAUAAAUCACUUAUUUGUAGAAA